AUGCCCAGCUGGGACCAAGCAGGAAGUGCUGGGGCCUCCGGGGAACUAUAUGCCAUCAGAGAGGGUACUGUAUGCUCAGUGGGCCUAGGGGCCCCAGCGGCCCUAGAAACCCCCAUUACCAUGGCUGAGUGGCCCCGGCCCCAAUGGACCUCUUAUCACAACACCUACCCCAACAACUGCCAGGACGUAGGCAACUCCAUCCUGCUGCUGCUGGGCCUCAUCAUCUGCAUUAACAUCAGCAUCAAUAUGGUGACGCUGCUCUGGCACAGACUUCGUGGCAUCUUAAACCAAAUAUUCCAUAUUAUUUGUGAGAAAGAGGUUCCGACUUCCACACCUGAGAAAAAGGAGCCGCCCCCGGAGAAGAGCCCCACGGAAGUCCACCUUCGGUGUACCCUGGACCCUGUGAAAAUGACUUUGACCCCCCCACCUACUCGACACCAUCAUCACCAUCACACCCACCACUCCAAAACUCAGGUCCCUGACACUGAGGAGGACGAGGAAGAGGCCGAGGAGGAGGAGGAGGAGGAGGAGGAGGAGGAGGAGGAGGAAGAAGAAGAGGAAGAGGAGGAGGAGGAAGAAAAACCCUCACACCUGCACCCAGCAAUCUGUUCCCACAACUGGAAUGGUCCCCAGCCCUGGGGAUGCUGCCCAACCACUAAGGGGUUCUGGGUUCCCUGGGACCCAGAUGCUACACAUCCCCAGACUAUUCACUUCCAGGAGACCGUAGUGGAGAGGUCCCCCCACAUAGAUAGGCAUUCAGAAUUGGGUCUAGAGGCUUAUGUAUACCCUGUGAAUCCCCCACCUCCCAGUCCCAGGGUCCUGAGCCACAGUAACUGUGGAGAGGGACCAAAGGAAGGGGCAGGAGAGGGUGCUGAGCCAGAGCAGGAACCCAGCUCGCAGGACCCACCUGCUCCGCCACCCAACCAGGGCCCAGCAUAUGUCCCCGAAAUUUCACGAUGCCACUCUGCAGCCCGAAUAGAGUAUGAUGCCCGAGAUGUGAGGCGGCGGCUUCGGGAGCUGACCCGGGAAGUGGAGGCCAUCACCCACUGUUACCCUCUGGCCUCCAAGUCCAGCACAGCAAAGACUGGGCAUACCACUCCCUGAGAGAUGACUGGGAGAGGAAUAAAAAAGAAGAGAGGAGGUGAUCUGUGGUGAUGUGGGGAGCAUUGGCUGGGGGUAGAGCCACAUAGCACUCAGAAGGCAGGGUUACUGAACGACCUAUCUCGCUGACAACAGGAUCUAGAGCCCUUAGGAAACUUACUGACCUUUGAGUCUCACCAGGUCUUAUCCUGAGCAUCUUCCCAGGUCUGUCUGUCUUGUUGUUGUUGUUGUUGUUUUUGGGCUACACUGGCAAGUGCUCAAGGGUUACUCCUGCACUACUCUGUACUACCCCUGGCAAACUUGGGGAAGCACAUGGGGAGCCAGGGAUUGAACUGAGGUCAGCCAUGUGCAAGGUUAGCACCUUACCCACUGUACGACUACUCCGGCCCCUCUGUGUGUGUGUGUGUGUGUGUGUGUGUGUGUGUGUGUGUGUGUGUGUGUUUGAAGGGAACAGUUUGGCCACACCCAACAAUACUUUCGGUUUGGUGCUCAGGAGUUGCUCAGAGAUGUAUCCCAGCUUCCUGUACGCCAAAGCAUGUGCUCCAGCCUUUUUGGUUUUUUUUGGGGGGUAUGGCAUGCACAUACAGCAGUGGUCAGAGCUUACUGCUGCAGUGCUCAGGACACCAUAUGUGGUGCCAGGGAUUGAACCCAGGUCAGCUACAUGCAGACUGAGCACCAUUCCCUAUUGUAUUAUCUCUUCAGCCUCUCUAAACAUUCGGGCUAUCUUGCUGGCAGUCUUUUUUUUUUUUAAGCACAGAGACCCCACAAACUCUCACCUCAGAUCCCUAGGCACUGAAGAGAAAAAAACCCUCACUCCUUGGCCCUAGUUCCUCGGAGGCCUAGUUCCUACAGGUGAGAUGAGUUCCUUCCUCAGACUUGGUUUCUUUGGGCAUAGGUGGCUGAGAAUGAGGGCAUCUAGUCCUUCUUGUUUCCCUAGUCAAAACCUGAAAUCCCUGCCCCCUUAAGUGAUCUUGGGGCAGAGGAGGUAAUUUGGGCCAGCAUGACCACCAAAUCACAGCUUGCUUUGACCUGACUCCCCUGCCUGCUUAGCAUAUAUUCACAUCAUAAAUGAGCAGAUUGAGGAAUCUCCUUGGACCCAUGAACACCAGGGAUCGCAUUCAUAAUUCAUAGCCUCAGAUGCUCUCCCCCCCUCCCCACAAGGGCGAGAAUUCCCAUCUGCCAUUGAGGCGACCUCUCCCACCUUCCUCAGUGUUUUUUUUCCCUCUUUCGGGUCCCACCCGGCGAUGCACAGGGGUCACUCCUGGAUCAUGCACUCAGGAAUUACUUCUGUGGUGCUCAGGGGACCAUAUGGGAUGCUGGGAAUCGAACCCGAGUCGGCCACAUGCAAGGCAAACACCCUACCCGCUGUGCUAUUGCUCCAGCCCCACCUUCCUCAGUUUGUCAUGUAAAUUUAGUCAUAUUUCAUCCAUUCUUAUGGUUGGUAUCACAUGCAUGUGCACACACAACUUGAGAACAAAGAGCCAUGUGAGUACAUAUAGGAAUGAAGGAAGCCAGCCUCGUUUUUCACAACAACUUUGUUCCUGGAAUUUGAGCAGAUAGGAUUUUAUGGGAAUGGCUCUGCUUCUCCGUUCAUUUUUGUUCAACUAACAACAUUGAUCAUUUUCGGUUGAUGCCAGGUGAGUAUGUGUUGAAGCACACAUAACAUUUGAAAGCUUGGUGGGAAAUGUUUAUUGGCUUACCCUUUUUCUAUUUGUGUAAACAAAUGAUUUCCUCAGAACACCAUGUUAAUUGACUCCUGUGAUAACCCUGGUUCAAAUCA